AAACAUUAUGGAUCUGUGAGCGCAGCUGCAGUGAGCUCCAUUUCUCUCAAGUCUCACCGGAAAUUAAUUACUCUCAGCCAAUAUCAUUCUGCAGUCAUUAGUCUACGCCGUUCAUAUUCUCUCCCUUCUGUCAGCUUCUGCAGCUUGAAUUGGGGCGUUUAAGAUCGAUGAGUGUCACGGAUCUUUGGACCCCAAUUAAGGACGUCGCCACUUGCUUCUGGGGUUGCACGACAAGCAACAUAGAGUAUAUCCGUGAUCUUGAAAAGAAUCUUGAAUCAUUGAGAUACUUAGUAUAUGAUCUCAACGGGAAAAAUGAAGAUGUGGGGGAAGCAAUUAAAAUAGGGGGUGGGCUGCAGUUGAAGAAUAAAAACGAAGUGAAAGCAUGGCAACAACGAGCGCAAGACAGAGGAAAAAAGGCGGAAAAAAUUCUGGAAAAAGGCGAUCUAUUGCUGAAGAAGAAACAAGGUUGUUGCUCCAAGCUCUGUCACUGCUUCUUCAAAUACAAGCUUGGAGUAACGGUGUCUGAAGAGAUAGACGAAGUCAAAGGAGUAAUCGACGACCGACGGAAUUUUCAACUUGACUUUGUCCUGCCACCGAAUGCUUUAGUGGAUAAGUUAGAUGUGAAGCCAACUGUGGGCUCAGAUUCGACCUUUGAGAAGGUGUGGGAGUAUAUUGAAGACCCAAGUGUGGGAAUGAUUGCGAUAUACGGAAUGGGAGGUGUCGGCAAGACGACUCUUCUCAAGAAAAUUAAUAACAAGUUCCUGGAUGCUCACCAUGGUUUCGAUGCAGUGAUCUGGGUGGUGGUGUCCGAGAAUGAAGGCUUGGGAAAAGUUCAGGAAGCUGUUCGUAGCAAAUUAAACAUAGUUAAUGAACUAUGGGAAGGAAAGAAUGAAGACAGCAGAGCUGCUUAUAUACGGCGUAUCUUGGAGACGAAAAAGUUUCUUCUGCUAUUAGAUGAUCAGCGCAAUCAGUUGGAGCUGUUAAAAGCAGGGGUUCCUCUUCUAGACAACACUGUGGCUGGUUCCAAGGUAGUAUUUACCACACGAUCAGAAGAUGUUAUUGGCAAAGUGAAGGAUGUAUGUGGCAGAACAAAGACCAUGAAAAGGAUUAAAGUAGAAUGCUUGACAUCAGAAGAUUCCCUGCAGUUGUUUGCAAUGAACUUUGAUUACGACAUCUUUGCCGAUGAAGAAGUGGCAAAGCAUGCUAAGGAUGUUGUGGAAGAGUGCAAAGGUUUGCCGCUUGCUCUCAUUACUAUCGGAAGAGCCAUGGCCAGUAAGAGGGAUUCGGAGGCAUGGCAGCAUGCGGUAACUCAAUUGCGGGGUUAUCCAACUCAAUUUCCAGGUAUGAGGCUGGAUGUCUUUCCUAAGUUAAGAUUCAGCUACGAUAAUCUGAGUGAUGAUGUUCAUAACAAAUGUUUCUUGUAUUGUUCUCUGUUCCCGGAGGACUACGAGAUCAAUAAACGGCAACUAAUUAACCUUUGGAUAGGCGAAGGGUUCAUAAAGGAUUUUGGCAACAUUCAUCAAGCGCGAAAUCAUGGAGUAGACAUUAUUGAAAAUCUAAAACUUGCCUGUUUAUUAGAGAGUUGUGAGUCAAAGGAUCACAUCAAGAUGCAUGAUGUACUUCGCGACAUGGCCUCAUGGCUAAUUUGUGAUGAAGGGGAAAAUCAGCAAAAAGUUUUGAUGCAACGAGAUCCUGAGUGGAUUAGAGCUCAAGGUCUUGCGAAAUGGAGAAAGGCAUUGGCGAUAUCAUUAUGGGGUCCCUAUUUCAAGGAUCUCCAAACUGAAACAGAAUUUUCUCGCUGUCAAACUUUAAUUGUUCGGGAAACUAAGUUGAGGAAGUUACCAAGAGGGUUCUUCUUUAACGCCUUGCAGGUCUUGGAUUUGUCACAUAAUCAAAACUUGACCGAGUUACCUGUGGAAAUCAAGAACUUGAUUCGAUUGCAACAUCUCGAUAUUUCGUAUACUGAUAUAAAGGAGCUGCCAAUUGAGGUCAAGUUCUUGAGCAAUCUAAAGAUUUUGCUGAUGAAUGAUACAAAGAAACUUGAGCUUCUACCACCGGAUGUGAUCCCGCAUCUCUCAUCAUUACAAGUUUUCAGUAAGGUUAAAUCCCCUUUCUUUAAAGAAGCCGCCUUGCUGGAGGAGUUGAAUCGUUUGGAAAAGCUAAUUUGCUUGGGUAUCACCUUACGUACCAUGAAUUCCAUCAACUAUUUGCUGAAUAGCCCCGAGUUACAACGCCUCAUCUUCUACUUAACAGUCACGGAAUGCCAUGGUUUGCCCUUGCUUAACAUAUCUGCAAUGCAACAUCUAGAGACACUUGAGAUAAGGGCAUGUCAUUCUUUGGAGGAGAUAAAAAUUUUCCCCGACCAAUUAACAUUAACAAUGCAGGACUGCUUCAGCAACCUCAGUCAUGUAGCUUUUCAAGAUUGUCCCGUAAAGAAUGUGACAUGGCUUAUAUAUGCUCGAAGACUUCAAACGCUGGAAUUAGAUGAUUGUCAUUCAAUUGCUGGAGUAAUAGGUGACAGAUUCGAUUUGACAGAAAUUGACGAAACGCAGCCCAUAUUCUCAAAUCUCAAACAUUUAAGUCUGAGAUAUCUACCGAUGCUACAGACAAUAUGUAGUCGAGUCCUGCCCUUUCCACAUCUCACAACCAUUGAAGUAUAUGACUGCCCAAAUCUACGCAAACUUCCAUUUGAUUCCAGCAGUGCUAGAAACUGUUUGAAGGAAAUACGAGGUGAAGAGUCCUGGUGGAAUGGACUGAACUGGGACGAUCCCCAACUGAGGAAAGUUUUCACUCCAAAAUUUGUGAAGUAACAUAAGCUGAGCUUCAAUCUCCAGGGUUCUGCAACAAUGAGGAAUUUCCAAGUCUUUGUAACGAUCAAUGUAAGAAUGAGAAUCUUACUUCAAUAAUCUUUUCAUUUUAUUAUACUGAUCAACGGUACUAACUUGCUGUUAAUUCCAUCAAGCAACCGGUUGAAGAAUGAAUCCAACAAAUUUACUGACUCGUGGCCAAAGUUGGAUUAGCGGAAGCUCAUCGGCAACCGAAGACUCCAAAUAGUUGUAUGCUUGGGUUUUCCCACCUAUUUUUCAUAGUGGAACUUCCCAUUCGAAUCUUCAGUGAUGGGCAUUUGUUAAUCUUCUACGCGUGCUAUUAAGUCUUCUGUUGCAUAGAGCUCGGAUUUGUAAUUUAAAUUGUUGGAGCUCCUUUAUAACAAAAUUUGAUCUGAAUUCCUUAUCAGGAAUGAGGUUUGAAUAUUUUAAAUGGUA